GCUUAACAAAAAAAUGAAAAAAGGAUAAAAUUGUCCUUGCCUCUCAUUCUUCAGUUUCGUGGAUUUAACAAAAGAAUUCAUUGUCUCUCCUCUGGCUUCCUCGAAAUGGCAGCCACUCUGUAUCCGACACUGAGUCGAUUCGUCUUGCAGUUCCGCCCAUCGUUUCCUGUUAUUCAUAAGCAAACUCAACUCCUCAGACCUUGCCGGAACGUGCGCUUGCCCAGCCUAUUCAGUACACUCUACCCCAACGCACGGCAGCUUUGCACUGCCAACGAUUUGAGCUCUCAAGAGCCAUAUAGCUAUGGUGAAGUGGGUAAUGAGAGAUAUGACGUGAUCGUCGUGGGAGGAGGUCAUGCCGGCUGCGAGGCAGCUUUGGCUUCGGCAAGACUAGGGGCCAAAACACUGCUUCUUACACUUAACAUUGACCGCAUUGCGUGGCAGCCUUGUAACCCAGCUGUUGGUGGGCCUGCAAAGUCUCAGCUGGUACAUGAAGUUGAUGCACUUGGCGGUGAAAUUGGAAAGGUAGCGGAUAGAUGCUAUCUGCAGAAACGUAUCCUCAAUGUCUCCAGAGGCCCCGCUGUUUGGGCAUUGCGUGCACAAACUGAUAAGAGGGAGUAUGCUUUGGAAAUGAAAAAGAUUGUAGAAAGCACCCCAAAUCUUUAUAUAAGAGAGGCAAUGGUUGUAGAUAUUUUGCUUGGGAAUAAUGACAAUGUUGAAGGGGUUAGCACAUACUUUGGAAUGAACUUCUACGCACCUUCUGUGGUACUUACUACUGGAACAUUUAUGAGUGGAAAAAUGUGGGUUGGUAGAGCUUCAAUGCCUGCAGGGAGAGCGGGUGAAUCAGCUUCACAUGGUUUGACUGAAAAUUUACAACGUCUGGGAUUUGAGACUGAUAGACUGAAAACUGGCACACCUGCACGUGUAGACUGCAGAACAGUAGACUUCUCCAAAUUAGAUCCUCAGUACGGAGAUGAAGCGGUGAGCUGGUUCAGUUUUGAUCCCGAUUUCCACAUAGAAAGAGAGCAGAUGUGUUGCCAUCUUACACAUACCACGAAGAGAACUCAUCAGCUUAUUAGGGAUAAUUUGCACGAAACCCCCACUUAUGGAGGAUGGGUCGAGGCCAAGGGGCCUCGAUACUGUCCUUCCAUCGAGGACAAAAUAGUAAGAUUUCAAGAUAAAGAGUCGCAUCAGAUAUUCCUUGAACCAGAGGGCAGGAGUGUUCCUGAGCUAUAUGUGCAGGGCUUUUCUACUGGUUUACCUGAAAGACUCCAGUUGCCACUAUUACAAACUUUGCCUGGACUGGAGAACUGUACUAUGUUGAGGCCUGCUUAUGCUGUCGAAUAUGACUACUUGCCUGCUUAUCAGUGUUUGAGGUCCCUGAUGACCAAAAAAAUAGAAGGACUUUUUUUCUCUGGACAAAUAAAUGGGACAACGGGUUAUGAAGAAGCUGCAGCACAGGGAAUUAUUUCUGGGAUUAAUGCUGCUAGACAUUCGGAUGGAAAAUCCCUAAUUGUUCUAGAGAGGGAAAGCAGUUACAUAGGGACACUGAUUGAUGAUCUGGUCACGAAAGAUCUCCGAGAGCCUUACCGCAUGUUGACUGGCCGCUCAGAACAUCGUUUGCUUCUUCGCUCUGAUAAUGCUGAUAGUCGACUGACUCCUGUUGGUCGUGAAAUUGGUUUGAUAGAUGAUAGGCGAUGGGCUAUUUAUGAGGACAAGCAAACUAAAAUAGUAGAAGAGAAGAGGAGGUUGAAGACAGUCAGGGUUUCAGGUGGAGAUUUGGCUGCUGAAGUUACAUCUAUUUCUCAUCAGUCAGUUAAGGAUUCCUCAACAUUGGAGAGCCUCCUUAAGAAACCACAUGUGCAGUAUGAGGUCUUUGAUAAGCAUGGUUUUGGAAAUCAACUUCUAUCCAGAGCAGAGAAACUGUGCGUAGAGAUUGACAUCAAGUAUGAAGGCUUCAUCGCUCGCCAGCAACUCCAACUCAAACAGAUGGUUCAUCAACAGCAUAAACUAAUCCCUGAGAGCAUUGAUUAUUAUGCCAUUGGCACUUUGUCACUUGAAGCACGAGAGAAACUCUCAAAGGUCAGGCCCCAAACCAUUGGCCAGGCGAGUAGAGUAGGUGGAGUAAAUCCUGCUGACAUUACAGCACUUCUUAUCAUUCUUGAAACUAAGAAAAGGAAGGCCCGUGAGCAUACAGGGAAACAGGGUGCUCCUCCAGUUGACAUUGGUGCUGCAAACAGGCGACCGGAAAUUCCACUUGCAGUAGAAGCGGUGUGAAGCUGAAACCCACUUUUUGGCAAUACUAGUUUUUAGGCACAGCUGCAAGUUAAAAGUUUGACCCAUCUUCUCAUUUUCUAUUGGGUGAUUAUGCAAUGCAGCUUGCUUUAAUGCAAAUAUAUGGUCGCUCCAAUAUUGUACACAUCCUUCGUGUUGUUUUCCAAUGCAUCUCAAAAUGUUAAUGUAUUAUAGAAGCAACAUGCAGUUGACUGACCCACAAUUCUCCUGGUAGUUUGGUU